GGGAGUUAGGGUUUUGUGUUCGCCUAAUGGUAUAAAUAUCCUUCGUCUUCGGAUCUGUAGAGUCACAUAGCAGAAACGUCUUGUUUUUUCAACUGUCAUUUUUUCUCAACCAAUCAAAGUUUUUUCAUUUUUCUCUACAUCGUCGCCAUGGAUUUCGACAGUCUUCCGAGAAGAGAUCUUCAGUUUUUCUGUAAAAGGAACAAAAUCCCAGCCAAUAUGACCAAUAUCGCCAUGGCUGAUGCUCUCAAAGCUCUUGAGAUUGUUGAAGGUGUUGAUGACUUCAUGAAUCAAUCUCCAAUGAGUGUAGCUCGAACUGCAGCUAGAACAACUCGAAAAAAGGCCUCCAAAGAUGAUACUCAGUCAUCAGAUUUGGUGACCCGUUCUUGUUAUGUGGCGAGUAAGUCCCUUGCUGGAGAAAUGGAGCAAGAAAACAGAGACACGAAUAUGCUCCUGAAUCCACCAGUAAGCCGUACAAGUGCAGCAGCGACCUCUGUUGCUGUAAAGUUAGACGUCACCGAUGACAUGCCUGAGGUCAAUGUGAGCAAAACUCCUGCGGUGAGAACCACAAGAAGGGCUCAAGCAGCUGCUUCUUGUAAGAAGGAUGAGUCAGUCCAGAGGGUCUACAGCACCAGGAGGUCUGUCAGAUUGCUAGAAGAAUCCAUGGCUGACCUGAGUUUGAAAUCCAAUGUACCUGCAAAGAAGCACGAAGUUGCUGAAAAAGAAGAUUCACCCGCAGGUUCCAAAUACCAGGCAAAAUCAGAUGAGAACUCAGAAAAUGUAAAGGAGGUUGAAGUUGUGUCAGUGAGAGAUUUGAAUGAUUCUUUGGAGAAGGAAUGGGAUGGUUCAAAGAAUGAUCCUGAUCUUGACGUAUUAUAUGGUGAUCUUGGUGAUAUCACUUUCUUUGAUGCGUCCACUAGUAAGGAACAGUUGAAUGGAGCAGAUUCCAGCACGCUUUCAGCUUCGGACAGUUUUGUUCUAGUCCAAGAACAAGAAACAUCGGAGGAGAAUGAUUUUGUUGUUGUAGACCAUGCUGCAUCUACUACCACCACAAACACUCUGGUCUGCAACAAAGAAUCAGAGUCUGAACAAAUGAAGAUUGAUUCUGAAUCUGAAUCAGAAGAAACAGAAGAUGAAACUGAUCCAGGGGAGGGUGAUGAUUUCGGUGACACAAACCAAGAGGCAUUUGAGUCUAGAGUCUCUGCUAGUGCGAAUGUGAGUAAGGUAGACUCGGUCACCUCAGUUGUGAUAGCUGAGGAGGAACUUGAAGUAGACAGCGAUGAAUGGUCCGAUUAUGAGAUAGGCGAGGUAGAGUUGGAGGAAAACAGUUACGGAUCCGAAGAGUCCAUUGACAUUGAAUCAGAAGAAGCUCCUGUUUCAGAUAAGAAGACUCCAGCUUCUUCUUCUUCUUCUUCUGAAGCAGAAUCAAUCUUAAAGAGCGACAAGAACAAGGAGGAUGCUGUGGAGAUGGAUCUUAACAACAAUGGAGAUGGAGAAGGAGAGGCCGAGGCUAAGAAGAAGACAAAGAAGAAGAAGAAGAUAGUUGCUGAAGAGAGCUUCAAAGACGUGAGCAUGAGGCAACUAACGAAGAUGGUGAGAGAACUUGCUAUCAAGAAUAAGCAACAACAACACAAGGGCGCCACAGCCACUGAGUAAAGAAGAAAAAACUAUUUUUACCUUUUUGAAAUAAUUUC